AGUAGCAGCAUAGAAGAAAGAGGAGAGUGUAUUUACAUUUUCAAGCUGGGCGAAAAUUGGCUCACCAGACGACUACGGGGGCAGUGAGAGAACGCCAGCUUUGAUGCAUAUUAUUGCAAACACACGCCGCAACGAUGUUGGGCUAUCUCGCUUCAUCAUUGUUAGUUAUAAGCACCAUCUACUCGAUCGAUCCCAGUAGCGCCGGUCCGCUCGAUGCGCUGAGCUGGGCCCGGAUGGACAACAUCAACCUGCCAUGGCUACCAUAUGAAAACAUGACCCGUUGCUACGGUGAGCUGGGCUGUCUGAACAUCACCAAAGAGUGGUAUCACCUGAUCUUCCGGCCGUUCAACGUGUUCCCCCUGCCUCGGAGUGUGAUCAACACUCGGUUCAUUCUGUACACGGAGAAGAACCCAACCGAUGGCCAACUGCUACAGGCCGAAACGAAGGACACCAUCAUGAAGAGCCACUUCCGAUCCGAUUGGGCGACCAAAUUUAUCAUCCAUGGGUUCAUCGAUACCCCACUGUCUAACUGGGUGUCGGAGAUGCGGGACGAACUGAUCACCCGUGGGGGGCUCAAUGUGAUCGUGGUAGACUGGGCCGGUGGGUCGCUUCCUCUCUACACUCAGGCUACGGCCAACACGAGACUGGUAGGGUUAGAGAUAGCAUAUCUGAUCAAGAAAUUGGCGGAAUACAAAGGGCUCAGGUCUGAGGAUGUACACCUCAUAGGUCAUUCGUUGGGAGCUCAUACGGCCGGAUAUGCAGCGGAACGAAUUCCGGGACUGGGUAGAAUUACAGGGUUAGAUCCGGCCGAACCGUACUUCCAGGGGAUGGACCCAAUUGUGAGACUGGAUCCGUCGGAUGCGGCUCUGGUGGACGUGAUUCAUACGGAUGGACGAAGUGUGUUCCGGCUGGAGAUACCGGGCUACGGUAUGUCCCACGCAUGUGGACAUUUGGAUUUCUAUCCGAACAAUGGCAAAGAACAGCCGGGAUGUGCUCUUUCACAGGAAGGAGCCGCCACCAUUCCACUUACGCUGAUCAAAGAUGGUAUUGAAGAAGCGUCUCGCGUUCUGCUAGCUUGUAACCACAUUAGAGCCAUUAAGUUAUUUAUCGAUAGUAUUAACGGAAAAUGUCCGUAUGUAGCCCAUCGCUGCCCAUCCUACCAGCACUUCUUGAGUGGGAACUGUUUCAAAUGUACUUCCGGAAACUGCGCCUUAAUGGGUUACCAUGCGUCGCUUCCGAUCACAACCACCAGGCAGAACAUUUCGGAAAACGACAUUGCUGUCGGCUCUUCGAUCCCGGUGGCCCCUCAACCUGGCAAAUACUUCAUGGCAACGGGACGAGAUUUUCCCUUCUGUCAACGUCACUACCGAUUCACGAUCGAGCUAGCCAAGCCCAAGUCAGCCGAACAGUGGGUCCAGGGUCAUCUGACGGCGGGAAUUUUCUCCGAGCGCGGAGCGAUUCGCAGUUUGGAUCUUACGCCGAAGGGGACGGCGCGGUUCGAGCACGGAACCGUCUACCAGGUGGUGGUCACCAAUCCACACGAUCUCGGCGAUAGGAUCCGAAAGGUGGAACUCUCCUGGGCGCACGACAUGAACGUCCUGGAACCGACGACGUUGUGCCUGUUCUGGUGCAACAAUCACCUGUACGUGAAAUCGAUCCAGGUCGAAACCAUGCAGAUGCCAUCCAGGGAGAAGCGCAACACGGAAUACUCGAACAAGCUGUGUGCCCCGAAGCGCGAAUUCGCCGACAUUGCCAGCCGCGGAACCUACUCGUUUUACGACAACUGCAAACGAUGAACAUUCCUACAUUACAGAGCUAUCGUAGAGCUUAGAAAGUGCAUUGAAAUACUCUCGAGAAAAUUUGAAGCUUAGCUAGAGAAGCCCAACCCCAACCCCCCAAGAGAGAGAUUAUAUUUGUUGAUUUGUUUCUAGCGUUCGACUAACCAUAAUUAUUAGAUGUAUUAAUCCAACACUUACCACGGAAAACCACGAGUCCCGGUUAAAGAGACUUCUGUCAGCUAGGUUUGUAAAAUGCCAAGAAGA